AUGACCCCCCAGAUAGAUACUUCCAAGUACGAAAUCCUCACUGAGGGCUCUGCGUCGGUCUUAUUCCCACCAGACCAGGUCUUUUACAACCCUGUCCAGCAGUAUAAUAGAGACCUGAGCUCGCUGGCUAUUCGUGCAUUUUCCGAGAUUUACCACGAAGAGAAGCUGGCUAAAAAACGCAAGCAUGACCAAGAGUCUCCAAACCCGAAAGAUUGCCAACCGCAGCCGUAUUUGAGAGUUUUGGAAGCGCUUUCUGCUACUGGUCUUCGUGCUAUUCGGUAUGGAAAAGAAAUUCCUCUCGUUGCCAAGGUGGUAGCAAACGAUCUUUCCCGGGAUGCCGUGAACGCCAUCAAUCUCAACAUUGAAUAUAACAAAAUAGAGCACAAAGUGGAGGCCAAUGAGGGAGACGCUAUCCGGUUGAUGGCUGAUUCAAAGGACCAAUUCCAUGUCGUUGAUCUGGACCCCUAUGGUACCGCGGCGCCCUUUGUCGACUCGGCCCUAAAUUCACUCAAAGACGGGGGCCUCUUGCUGGUGACUUGUACGGACCUUGGUGUGCUAGCUGGAGCUGGCUAUCCGGAGAAAUGUUUUGCAUUAUAUGGCGGAAGUCCAUUGCAUGGAGACGCUACUCAUGAAUCCGCUCUUAGACUCGUCUUGCAUAUGAUUUCAACGACUGCUGCCAAAUACAAAAAAUGGAUCGAGCCACAACUUUGCUUGUCCAUUGACUUUUACGUCCGUCUGUUCAUACGCGUUAGAACGGCGCCUAUCAAGGUCAAAGAGCUUGCGUCCAAUCAAAUGAUAUGCUAUAAGUGCUCUGGAUGCUACGCUAUUUACAGUCAGCCGCUUGGGCGAUGGACCGAGAAUCCGAAUGCAACAGCACAGCAAAACAGUAAGAAGUAUGGUCUGAGCAAAGGACCGCCUGUUGGUCCGGAGUGCACAUUCUGCGGUUUCACGAAUCACCUUUGUGGGCCAAUGUGGAGAGGACCUCUGCACAAUCCCGCAUUUAUUGACCGCGUCCUCGGCGUUGAAGAGUCGGCAGAUGAGUCUAUAUUCAAGACGCGGCCUAGAAUCAAGGGAAUGCUGACCAUGGCCAAGAAUGAGCUGGUGGACGCUCCUUUCCAUAUCAAAACGACGACGCUUUCCGCAAUUCUGAAAGGACCAAGUCCAUCGAUUGACACCUUUGCGGCUGCGCUGUCGAAUCUUGGGUACCGAGUCUCGCUUUGCCAUUCGACCCCGGGCGCAGUCAAAACUGACGCCCCGUACGAGGUCAUUUGGUAUGUCGGUAAGCUGUGGACUGAAAAGAAUGGGGUGACGGCCGAUAAACUGAACCCAAACACUGCUGGAUACAAAAUCAUGACUGACAAAUCAAUUGGCAAGAACAUUGACCUUGCCUCCCUGAACAAGGAGAAGAAAGUGGAUGAUAUCACCUGGCUGUUCCAGCCUAACGAGGAAAGCAAGAAACUGAAGGAACUGCGGAAAAUAAAGAUUGUCAGGUACCAGGAAAACCCAACAGCCAAUUGGGGUCCCAAAGCUAGACCACAUUAA